AGUUACUGAGGCAAUAACUGAUAUCAAUAAUAAAUGUACAAUCAAAAAAAUAUGUGGAUACUUUAGACAGAGCAAUGAGCCUGACUGGCAUGGACUUAUUCUUGUGGUGGUAAUUAUUCCACAGUGUCAUUUCAUGGUUAGCGUGUUUAUUCAAGCCUAUUUAAUCCACAUGUAAGUCAAUAUAUUACUGUACAUAAGUCCCAUGUAAAGUAUGAACUAAAUAACCAAAUUAGUAAGUUGCUAAAACUCACUAAAUCAUGACUCAAACAAUAAUUAGACACAGCGCCGGCCCUUCCCAAUUUGGCGCCCUAGCCGAGAUCAUGACUUUGCCCCCUCCACUCGACCCCCUCCCUCAUAGGGAUGAAUCAUGAAAGUAUAUCUUCCACUGUUGAAGCAGCAGCAUUGGAGCUGCUGCUGAGCAAUCCUUAGUGGAAGGCUUCAGUGACUGUCCUUCAGCGCAGCCUGGGGUCAGCUAUGUCUUCUUCCAGGGCUCUCAGGGUCUCAAACACCUCUGCCAUUAUUCAUCCUCCAGGCUUUUAUAUUGUUGGAUUUCAGACAUAUCCUUUCAUUAAUGUUUACUUCAUCUUUCUAGCGCUUGUCUACGUUGUUACAGUACUUUUCAAUGUUUUAGUGAUGUUCAUAAUUUCAUUUAAUCGUUGUUUACACACACUAAAGUUUUUGGCUGUGGUUAAUCUUGCAGUAAAUGAUUUAAUUCUUAAUUCCUGUAUUAUUCCAUCCAUGAUAAACAUUUUUCUCUUUAAGGAUAACUUCAUUUCAUUCAACCUAUGUUUUGUGCAAAUGUAUGUUUACUAUGUGUCAGCAUCCUUGGAGUCUUUUGCACUUGGUAUACUUGCUUAUGACAGGUUGAUUGCAAUAUGCUUCCCCCUGCGUCAAAACUCGAUCAACAGCCUGCACAGAAUGUCCUGUAUUGUGGCCGCGUCGUGGUGCAUUGCUCUGGGGUUCAUAGCAUUCACAAUAAGUAUAAUGACACAACUGUCUUUUUGCGGUUCUGUGCGAGUGUUCAGUUACUUCUGUGACUAUGCUCCUGUGUUUCGACUGGCCUGUAAUGACUACACACUGCAGUGGUCUGCGGUCUCUUUUAGCUCUGUUUUGAUUCUUGGAGGACCGUUUACUUUCAUUGUGCUGACUUAUGUCACCAUCCUGGUCACAGUGUUCAGGAUGAAAUCACUGGAGAGUCGCUUAAAAGCUUUGGCCACGUGUGUUGAACAUAUCAUCCUUGUUGCUGUAUUUUACAUUCCAAUUUUUAUCAUUUUCACCAUUGGUCUGUUUGUAGGAGUCAUUGACCCAGAACAGCGAGUUCUCAGUCUGUCUUUUUCCUCUUGCAUUCCUCCCUGUAUCAAUCCCAUCGUUUAUUCUCUGAAAACUAAAGAGAUCAAUGUCAGAGUCAUGGCACUGGUUCAAAAAAUAACGUUUAUGCACAAGAAUCAUACCAACAAAAAAAGAGUUAAAGUCUAGAACCUGAACUGUAUUUUAUCAUGUGAAUAAAGACGUCUGUGAACAAAACAGUAUACUAGUGGGACUAAUAAAGGCAUUUUUAGUGCACACAUCUAUUAGUGGGAUUUCUUUGAGUUGCAACCAUGUCCCUGGCUAUAGUGAUCUUCAACAUGAAACAUACUGUCAGUAUAAAUCAUAUGA